AUGUCAUUGUAUCUUCUUUCCUUCCCUGUCUUUCUCUCUCCGGAGACUUUUGAAACUCUCUCUGGGAUCUUUAAGGACUCCUCUUCGUCUUCUCUUCCUGUUCCUGUUUCUAGCAGUCUCCGUCAAUGGCGGACGGUCCCCGUGACUCAGCACACCUCCACACUUCUCUUUCCCUUCUCCCACACAGGUAUGUCAGAUUUCUCAAGUUAUUUUUCCUCAGCCGGUCUGUUUUUUAGUCGUUUAUUUUCACUACAGUUUUUAGUCCAUUAUAAAGUCCUCCAAUAGUUUACUCUUCUAGUUUUUCCUAAUUUCUAGUUUCAGUUCGUUAUUUUUGCUCAAUCUGGUGUAUCUAGACACGCUUUUCUUAAAACACCUUGUGCAAUUAUUAGCAGAGGGUUUUCGCAUGAGGCGCACGGCCCCCUUCUCUGUUGUCUGUUCAGUUCUGUAGUUCUGUCCACAAACUGUUUCUUCCUACCUCCCCUCCCUCCACUGAACAGGCAGAGGUUUUCCAAUUAUUUUCUUUUCUUUCAAUUAUUUUACAGGGGAGGCAUUUGCUUUUCACAGUCUCCUUUUUAUAGGAGAGUUCAGCGCUGCCGUGCCGGGGAAUUGGGGCGUUUGUACCAGAGAGUGGUUUUGCCUCUUUGCGCAAAGGUCUUCCCCUUGUCUUUCUAUAUCAGUUUUCUUUGUUCUAUAAUAUUGGGAAACCUCUUCUUUUGCGCUGCCUUAGGCUUCCGCCCUCAGGUUCCCCCCUGAAAUCGAGGUGACUUACGCCUAGUCCCUCGUUUUUCCCUCUCUGGCACCAGGUCCGCCUUGAGAUUGCAGGAGCACGGAUCUCCACCCGUCUCUCUAGCGGCCGCUCUGGAAGCUUCUGGUUUUUUAACAAAAGUGUUUUUAAACAUUUUCUUUAGCUCAUUAUAUAUCAUUUCCCAGAAAGCUUUUACCUCUUUACAUGUCCACCACAUAUGGUAAAAAGUGCCUUCUUUUUCCUUACAUUUUGGCCAAUUUAACUGGCAUUAAAUACCAGUUAAUACCACCUAUACAUCAUUUUCAUAACAUUUUCUUUAAGCGUAUUACAUACUGUAAAAUUACCGUAUUUUUCGCCCUAUAGGACGCACUUUUUCCCCUCCCAAAAUGAAGGGGAAAUGUGUGUGCGUCCUAUGGGGCGAAUGCAGGCUUUCGCUGAAGCCUGGAGAGCGAGAGGGGUCGGUGCGCACCGACCCCUCUCGCUCUCCAGGCUUCAGGAAGCUCUGCGCAAGCCUUGCGAGCCUGGGGGAGUUCCUGCGGGCUCGCAAGGCUUGCGGGCAGCAGCCUGCAGCCCGAAGCACGGGGCGCGCUGCGGAGCACGCCCCGUGCUUCGGGCAGAUGUCCGCAAGCCCUGCGCGUGCAGCGGGAGGACCCGCCGGGCUCUCAAGGCUUGUGGAUAGCAGCCUGUUCUGGGGGCUGGGGGGAAAAUAAAUUCUUUUUAUUCAUUUCCCCCCCAAAAAACGAGGUGCGUCCUAUGGGCCAGUGCGUCGUAUAGGGCGAAAAAUAUGGUAAUACCUUCAUUCCAUAACCUCUCCCAAUCUUCUAACUGUAUGCUAUGUCCAAUAUCUUUAGCCCAAUAUAUCAUUACCAAUUUUACCUCCAAAUCCUAAUUUUACCUCAAAAUCCUAAUUAUGUUUAGCCAGAAUUCAUUAGGGCUUAACCCAGGUAAGUAGGGUUGGGAUUGCAGCAUGUAUCUUUAAAGCACAUUCAAAACAGACUUGCCCCCUCAAUGAAUCUGGGGAACUGUAGUUAUUUUGGGAGUUGUAGUUUACCCCUGAGAGAGCAACAUUUCCCGGGAAAUCACAUUUCAGGUGAUUUUGUAUGCAGAUCAUAAUGAUCCAUUGAUGAGGCUCCAGAGUCCCCAUUCCCUGUCCUUGGUACGGGGGUCUCUCCCCCAUCCCAUUAUUUUCAAAAUUAUUUUAUGUAAUAACAAUUUUAUAGCUGCCAGUUAUAGUUCAGCAUUUCCAUCUAACCCCCAAUAAUUUGUAAAUACAGCAUUGGUGUCUAUGUAAAUCCUAAAAACAAAAGUAAACAAUAAAAAACCAAGAAUGACACCAUAGGAAUGCAGCAGCAGCAGUGCAUAGCUAAAACAGACUGUAAAUGAGCCCAUGUCCCCUUAAGAUGGAGUCUGUAAGCCUAUACACAUUACCUGAGAGUCCUCCUCAUUGAGUACAUUGGGACUUACUUCUGAGUAACCAGGCAGCGAAGUUUCAUUUGACAGGGAGGAAGGAGGGAGAACAAAGGAGCAGCACUAUUUAGUACAGUGGUACCUCAGGUUACAUACACUUCAGGUUAAAGACUCCACUAACCCAGAAAUAGUGCUUCAGGUUAAGAACUUCGCUUCAGGAUAAGAACAGAAAUCGUGCUCCGGCGGCGCAGCAGCAGCAGGAGGCUCCAUUAGCUAAAGUGGUGCUUCAGGUUAAGAACAGUUUCAGGUUAAGUACGGACCUCCGGAACGAAUUAAGUACUUAACCUGAGGUACCAAGGUACAGUUAUGAUGCUUCAACUGUUCUUAAUCUACCCUGACUACUAUAAUCCUAUACCCAAUUUGAUUUACCUGAGACAAAGCCCCAUUAAACAUUAUGAGAAUUACAUCUGAGUAAAAAUGUGUACAUUGUACUUAGAAUUUGCUAUAUAGGGAUCUUUGAGUGCCUGGACUUAAGCAGAACACUUUGCUUUUGCCACUCACCCACCCACUAUUUGCACAAAAUAAUUUCAAGGGAAUACCUGUGCCAGAUGCUUCCCAGCUGCUAUGAAAAGUGAACAGCAAGACAAGAAGCUGGAUAGAAAAGCAGGAAUCAGAAGGUCUUUAGGACCCUGGGGCGUUUCUAUCAGCUUGUGUCCAAAACUUGCAGUUUGCUCAUUGGCUCAAAACAGGGAUAAAGGUCUUGCUUGUUUCUCUCUCUCCCCUCUCAGGAGAGGGAACAAAUAGCUUGCUUUCACCCUUUGUAAAGGAAGGUCAGAAUCAAGGCCAGGGUCCCAAGACACUGUGGGCUUCCUCUGGCUCUCUUCUAAAUAGCCUACUGAAUAGGUCUUCCUGUGCAGCUCUAACUGGUUCCCGUCACUGAAGAAAGCAGCUGGUAAGUCAUGUUGCUGCAGGAUUUCCAUCUGUUGAAUUUGUUUCCUGACAACAGGGAGCAGUCCUCCCCACAGAUCUUCAAUGUCCAUUAUGCACUCAUGUUAUACCUAAACACUUUUGAUCUUUAGAUCUUGCUUUUCCAGAUUGUUCUUUCUACACCUUACCUCUUCUUGUCUUAUAUGCAUCAGCCAGUAGUACCAGGACUAAGUUCCUAGCCAAGUUUUGUUACACAUGUUUUGUUUGUUAUUAUGCAUUUCUUACUUUUUCCGAGAAAUUUUGCAAGAACGCAACAGAAGAGGAAGACAACUAAAUAUUCAAGUGCUGCUUUUGUUUAUAUUAACUCUGUUGUCGUGUUUCGUAUCUUACCAUGCUAUGAUCUGGAUUAUCUUUUUUGGUAGUUUGUUUAUUUGUAGUAAUAUCUUAUGGUUGAGUAAUGACCUUGAUAUGAUAUAGCGUAAAGACUCAAUGAAGAUCUACUGUAUAUGUUUUUUUUAAAAAGUUUUACUUUUCUUGAAUAAUCAAAAGAUUUAAUUUCCUCCUUGGAACUAACUGAUCAGGAAAGUAGAUUAAAAAUCCCAUUGACAACAUGUUUACACAAUCAUAACCAUCAACCCUUUGGCAACAGACUAUUCAAAAUUUAAAGGACCUAUCAGUGUAUAUGGUUUACAGCUUAUAUAAACAAUGCACCUGAAGUUUAUUGACAUAUGGGGCCCCCAACAAAGUUCCUGUACAAGCCUCUGAUGAUGUUUGGUUGGAAGUGGGGAUUUCCUUAUUAUUAUUAUUAUUAUUAUUAUUAUUAUUAUUAUUAUUAUUAGAGCUUUUAGGGUCUGGUUUAUUUGCUUUGCGUGGGUGUAAGUGGUUUGCUUUGCUCUGGGAAGAAGUAUUUCUGAGCUUCACUAUUAUUUGUUCUGUGAAAUGGGUAUUUUGUGGUGUCCUAAAUAGUUUCAGAAGUGCCUCUGGGCCCAAACAGAUUAGGGCCUCUGGUUUCCACAGCAACAUUUUAGUGACUGGGUGACCUCCCCCAGCAGAAGUCCAUGCUUUUGUAGUUUGCAGCCAUUUGUCCUCCAUUUCUCACCCGCAUUGCAUACCAAGACACCUAGGGGCAUAACAAUUAAGGGCUCCUUGCCCCUCAACUCCAUUAUGGGCACCAUUCCACAUGUCCAUCUGAUGAUUAUAAGUACAGUAUGCACAUUCUUGUAUUAAAGAUGCAGGACCAAAAUUAAGACCAGUGCUAUUUUUCUAGAAAAAGGAAGUGCCAGAACUCACCAUCAACACCUCCCUUGUUCUCUUAUAAUGGCAAUGGGGCCCACAUGAAAACAGGGGCAUAGGAAAGGGGGAGCAGGGGCGGGUCACCCUAGGUGUCAACUUGGAGGGGGGUGACAAAUGAUCAAGGAACAAUUACUGCCCUACUAGGGCAGUUCAUAAAAAACUUUUUUUUUUUAAAAAAAAAAGCCUGCUCCAAAGGUCCUGUCUUACUACACUAGGGAUUAUAUAGCUCCAUAUGAAAUUUCAUGCAUGUCAGUUAAUAUCUUGACCCUCCUCCACAAGGCCGUUUACUUGGCCGUUUUCCUGUGUCGUGAAGGCUGAAAUUUCAACAAAGCACAUGCCUUUGCUAGACUUUUUUCGGCCACCUGCUAAAAGCAUUAUUCUUUAGGCAAGCAUACCUAGAUGCUUAGGAAGUUGAAGUAAUUUUAUUCUUGAUAUUUUAGCUUUUGUAUGUUUUAAAGUAGGAUUGUUAAUUUUUCUUGAUUUUACUGCUGUGGUGGUUUUUUGUUUUGGUAAACCGCUUUGCAUGUUUUUUAAAAUAAAUUUUAUUAAAUAAAUAAACAAUAAAUAUAAAUAAAAUAACACAAUCCAUCCUAUAGAUAUGAGUAUUUGUCCAUAGUCGCCUACUUGUUAUCAGAGGCUCAGAAUCCACAUUCCUUUGUAAGAAAACAUGAAAUAACGGAAAACCAUUUCUGCAGGCAAAAAUCAAUCAAUCAAUCAAUCAAUCAAUCAAUCAAUGGGGGGGUGACAAGAAAUGUUCUGCACCAGGUACCACCUGACCUUCCUACACCUCUGUAUGAAAGGUGCCGGAACUGAGUUGUGGUGAGUUCUGGGUGGGGAAAAAAAUCCCUGGCUAAGACUAGUACUACAUGAUACGGUAGCGCUCAAUGGAACUCACAAGAGCUGAGUUGCUUCUGCUUAUGGGAGGGAGAGAAGCAACACUGCAGUGACGGAGCCAAUCUGGUGCUCUUGGCAAUGCAUUUGCAUUGCAUCAAUUUCUUCCCUUCUGCAUGGUCUGCUGCUGGCUAAAACUGCCUAGUACUAGAGGGCUCUGGCCCUCUGAAUGAUCCUUCUCCCAUCAUCCCUGUCUAUUGGCCAUACUGGCUGGGGCUGCUGGGAGUUGGAGACCAAAAAUAUCAGGAGAGGUGCUGGUUCCCAGUCCCAGAUCUAGUCAUACUGUUGCCAAAACAGAAUAUAAUCUAUGUAAUAUUGAACAGAAGGCAAGCAGAUUGACUCCUCAGGCCUCCUUAGCCCAGAGGUCAGAGCUGCUAAAGCUACCCCUGAUCCAAACCUUUCAGGAACAGAAGGCAUCCUGCUUAGUGUAAGUUUUUAUUUUCUUUAUUGACAGUGCUUUGUUUUGCACGGGGAGAAAACCCUUCUUGGAAAUGUCAUGAAGGAAAUUAACCUUUGCUGUUCCAAAGAAGUGAAAAUAGGAAGGAAAUAUUUUAAUUCCGAUUGCCGCUCUUCCCCACUCUCUUUUUCCUGCUUGGUGGAAUCAUUCAUUAGGUCAUUUCCUGCCUCUUUAUGGGCAUGAUGUACAGUAAUAUAGGCAGACUUUGUUCUCAUUUCCUACAGGCGCAUUAGCCAAGAACACAGGUGUGGCUGCUCUAGUGGUAUCAGAUUCGGGUUUCCCUCAGCAGACAGCAGACCAAUCUGCAAAAGGAACACCUAGGUGGGUUUGA